GGUAACCUGGCUUCCGUCCUCCGCGUCGCCCGUGAGCUCCGCUGCAGGUUUCAGCGCCUGGACUUUGUCUACCUCAACGCUGGGAUCAUGCCCAACCCACACGUGAACUUCAAGGCACUCUGGCAUGGUCUCCUCACCGGGAAGGUGCUUCACAUGCUGACCACUGCAGAAGGCAUAAUGACCCAGACGGACAGGCUUAAUGGAGAUGGACUGCAGGAAGUGUUUGCUACCAACCUCUUUGGACACUUUAUCCUGGUUCGUCAACUUGAGUCUCUGCUCUGUGGUAACGAAAACCCCUCACGACUCAUCUGGACCUCCUCCAGCAAUGCCAGGGAGUCUGCCUUCAGCCUUUCUGACUAUCAGCAUGCCAGGGGGAAGGAAUCAUACAGUUCUUCCAAAUAUGCUACUGACCUGACAAGUGUGGUUCUGAACAGGAAAUUUAAUAAGCAGGGUCUGUAUUCCAGUGUUGUUUGUCCUGGUCUUGUUAUGUCUAACAUGACCUACAGCAUUUUGCCAGUUUUUCUGUGGAAGCUGCUAAUGCCCAUCAUGUGGUUGAUCCGCUUCUUUGCCAAAACUUACACUCUGACACCUUAUAAUGGAGCAGAAGCUCAUGUGUGGCUGUUCAAACAGAAGCCAGAGUACCUGGAUGCGCUUGUCAAAUACCACAGCUGUACUUCUGGACUGGGGAAGAACUAUGUGGAGCCCAGAAAGAUUGUUGUGGAUGAAGAAACUGCUGAGAAAUUUUAUCAAAAGCUGUUGGAAUUGGAGAAGCAGGUUCUAGAGAAAUACAGUGACCUCCUAGAUUAAGUAAAGCCAGUCUCAGUGGGAUAACAGUCUUGUAUCGGUAACAUGGGCUUUCUUCAUUCUGGUGCUACUUGUGUUGCCUGCUGUUCUGCAGGCACAUGGCUUCAGACCCCAUCUUCCUUCUCAACAGAAGGUGAACAGUUCCUGAAAAUGGAACUGUGAAAACUGAAGAGAAAUACUUAGUCUUUCUGGUAUGGGAUUUUUUCCUGGCAUAACACUGGAGACCUAAAGUAGGUGGAGACUGUCUUUAACACAGUUGCAAAGCACUGUCUUGCAAAAGCAUGACCGAACCGUGCACAGUUCGGGAACAGCCUCAAAACAUGUGGUUUAAAUCUGGCUUAGUGCAGGAAAGGCAACAGUCUGGGUGCUGCCCUGCGUCUUGGCUCUACUGGUCUUUCUAGAUGGCUUGAACACAUUACCUGUGGCUGAUCCUGAAGUACUUGAAGGCCCAUCUUCAGAAGAGCUGCUCUUCAUUUGUACACCAAAGCUGGGGCGGCUUUCCAGAUGUGCUCAACAAGAUUGAACCUUAC